AUGCUGGCGUUGAGCAGGGCGAAGCUUCAGGCUCAGGUUCUGCUUCGCGAAGAACGUGCAGCAGCCGAACGGUCAAGAGCAGAUGCCCUUCGUCGCAUUCAGGGCCCACUCGUCGUGGACUCUGAUGAUGAGCCAACAUGUCCUGCGGUUCCAGGACCUGUUGUUGGAACUGAUUGCUUGGACACCCAAAUGUUCGUGCCGGACACUCAAGUGGUUAUGGACUGUCUCUUCACUGAAGAGCAGCAGCUGUUGGAGACCCCUCCUUCCCAACCUGUGGCACGCAAACUCUUCCAUGAGGAUGCGCCAAAGCCUGAUCUCCCGUCUGUCCCGGAGCCAACCUCCUCAACUGGAGCAUCCACAGGUGCUGGUUCCCCUGCCCAGCCUGCUGUGGUUUCCCCGGCUACAAACCCGACACCGUCACCUUUGCCUGCGGAGGACAAGUUCCUCGAGUUUUCCCCCCCCAAGGUGGUUACACGAAGUGAUCAACUCGGCCUGAAGCGCACCAAGAAGGAGGGAGAGGAGGACUCUGCGCCGAAGAGGGGCAGGCCUCCGACCAAGUCGAAGAAGGGCAAGGCCAAGUGUGCGGCCAAGCCGAAGAGUGAGGGGCGGGUGAAGGAACGAGCAUCUUCGAGCAAAGAUAAGCCUGAUAUGGUUUCAUGUGGAGAGACCGAAGUCAAGCGGUCCCGAAAGUGCAAGUCGGCGGCUGCGAAGGAAUCCUCUGAGCCUGGCCAGGCAGGUGCUACGGAGGAUGACGUGCAUCCUGACGCUGGGGCCGAAACCGGCCCGCAGAAGCGCAAGGGCAGAGGCAAGGGCAGGGGCAAGGGCAAGCGAGCCCGCAUCGAUUCGGAUCCGCGACCGAUGAUGAUGGCUUUCCCUGUGCCUGAGUACAAUGAUGGGGCUGAUGCUGAGCCUACUUUCUCAGCGCCGGUGAUGGCAAACGGCCGUUCGUCACUGGCCGUCCAUCCAAGCACGGAGCAGAUCGAGCAGGCUGCAGCGCCUGCAGCCAAGAGCCGCAAGCUUCGCAAGAAGAAGAAGGGCAAGCGUGCACAGGCAAAGGGUCCCGCGACUGCUCCAGCAGAGAGCGCAGAAUGUGUCCCGGGGUCAGAGAUGCCAGAGGCUGGAGAGUGUGGCCCCGGGUCAGACGUGCCAAAGGAUGGAAAGGCCGAGGAUGAUGAGAUGCCCAAUGUGUUUGCUGGCAGGCGUUGUCCGCAAACCCCGGGGAUCAAAGGGUGGCUGAUCUGGCAGAACAUUGUCAAGACCUUUGUGGAGGUGAUCGCCCCGAACCUUCCCGAGAGAUCACGCACCAAGCACGAGUACGAGUACUGGAAGCGGGCCAAGAAAGCUUUCGAUGAGGAUGACUCUGUGAUCACUGAGAAGGACUUUAAGAUCUUCUUUUUGGUGCAAUCCGAGCUUUACGUUCAAGAGGAGCUGAUUCCGGGCUUGCAGGUGGGCAACGAGUUCUACCACAAUGAUGACUCUGACUGA